CUGCAAGCUACUCUGCCUCCGCUCGCUGUGCAUAUAAGGAGUCUGCUUCCGUCGUUUGAAACUCAUCCUCAUCUCCAGUUAGCCAACCUCAAGUCUAGUCUAGACACUAAUCAGCGAAUUCACUAGCUAGCUGCCAUGCCAGACGUCAGCAAACCAGACACGGUCAAGACGAAACUCGAUUACUUCGUCCCGCCCGCAGAUGGUUCCAAAGCAUGGCAGUUUAUCAACGCAGACCCUGCUACAGGUCAACGUCGUCGUAACUUCACUAUGCAGCCAUACGAAAUGGACAUAGAGAACAUCCGCGACAAAGAGCAUGCAUAUGACCUGGAUACUGCGGGGUUCCUCUUUGCAAAGAACGAGGCCAAGUACAAGAAUUUUGGAAGUGACGAGGAGAUUGAGAGGGAGUACUAUCCUGAGAGCAUAGAGUUGCUCAAGAAGCUGACUGGUGCGACGAGGGUAGUGAUUUUCGACCACACUAUUCGUCGUCAUCGCCCAGGAGAGGUAGACGAUAGUCCAAACAAGCGUCAGCCCGUCUCAGCCGUGCAUGUCGACCAAACUCGCGCAUCUUCCAUUGCGCGUGUUCAUCGCCACCUCCCUGCAUCUGACGCACCGGCUCUCCUCGAACGCCGCUUCCAGAUAAUUAAUCUCUGGAGACCCAUACAUCAUGUUGCACUCGACUUCCCACUCACGCUUUGCGACUUCAGGAGCAUUGACACGAAGAAAGACUUGGUCCCUUCGACAUUGAAAUACCCGGACCGCGAUGGUGAGACUUUCGGAGUACAGUAUAACCCUAAUCACAAGUGGAAGUAUGUCAGAGGAAUGACACCGGAGGAGGCCGUAUUGAUUAAAUGCUUCGACUCCGUUGACGAUGGGAGCGUCGCAGUCCUUACCCCGCACACUGCAUUCGUAGAUCCCUCGACUCCACCAGAUGCACCGCUUCGCGAGUCCAUCGAGCUACGCGCUCUCGUGUUCUACGAAUGAGCAAGCUUAUUUGGUUAAUAAGGAAACCUCGAAAGCGGGAAUUUCAUGGCUCUACUUUGUAUGUUUGAAUUUCGGAGGCUUGUAUACAUGCGGAAUGGCUUUGAUGUGUAGAUCGCUAUGUCUUUCAAUAAC